AUGGCUGAUGAUAUUUUAAAUUUGGUGGGGAAGAAGAAGAAAGCAAAAAAACCGAUUAUGCUGGAUGAGCCUUCAGCGGAUGCGCCUACAGGAACUCCGGAUCCUGGGACAGAAGAGCUGGUGUUGGGUUUGAAGAAGAAAAAGAAAACUGUUAAGCCAUCGGUUCUGGUAGAAGAACAAACUCAAGAAAAAGAUGUUGAGCCGUACGCGCAAGGCAUUGGAAUGACAAACUUGAUCGAUGCAAAGGGACAGUGGCCAAAUUAUUCUUAUGAUCAACUUUUGGAAUUAAUUUUCGGGAUCAUGAAGGAGAAAAAUCCUGAGCUUGCUGCUGGUGAAAAGAAAAAGUUUAUUAUGAAGCCUCCCCAAAUUGCUCGUGCUGGUAGCAAAAAAACAGCGUUUGCCAAUUUUGCCGAAAUCUGCCGAUUGUUGAAACGACAACCGAAGCAUGUUCUUCAAUUUUUGAUGGCGGAGCUUGGUACCACAGGAUCUAUUGAUGGAAACAACUGUUUAAUUGUCAAGGGUCGCUUCCAACAGAAGCAUUUUGAAAGUGUUUUAAGAAAGUAUAUAAAGGAAUAUGUUACGUGCCAUACAUGCAAAUCUUCUGAUACUGAGUUAACCAAAGAUACUCGUUUAUUUUUCCUUGAGUGUAACACCUGUGGAAGUAGGUGCUCAGUUACAGCUAUAAAGAGUGGCUUUACUGCAAUGGUUGGUAAGAGAGCUGCUGUUCGUGCUGCAGAAGCAGCAGCAGGGAAGUAA